AUGUUGCAGCCUGCUGAGGCUCCAGGCUAUGUGCUGUCCCAAGAUGAUCCAUAUCCCUCACAGCCUGCUGUUCCAAGAUCAUACCGCUUGCCUCCAGAUGGUGGCUCUGUGCCAGCUGGGGGUGUGGGUCAGCAACUGGCUGAGGAUACUGUACCUUCGGCACUGCCUGUGCCACCACCUUACCUGCCACAGCCAGAGGACCUGCCAGAACCACAGCUGGUACCAGCCACUGCAUGGCGCUCAGAGCCUGAAUGGCGUGCACACAACUCACGGAUCAUGUCAGCUGCUGCUGCUGCCGUGCACACUGCCAACCUGUCGGACACGGCGACGCGCCAGUGCAUGGAGCGGUCGGCGGCGACGACGGACGCGUCGCAGCGGGCGUCCACGGAGCAGCUGCGGGCGCGCGCGCACUCGCUGCACUGCGCGCUGGGCGAGCUGUCGCGCGCGGCCGAGGCGGCGGCCGGCGAGCUGUCGCAGCUGCUGGCGACGCGCCGCCGCCUGCGCGCCGCCCUCGACGCCCUGCGGCUGCCCGCCUGCAUCGUCGCCGAGUGCCUCGACCGCCGCAGGGACCGGCCCGGCGCCGAGCUCGUCGCCGACUGCGCCGACCGCGAGCUGCGCAAGGAGCAGGCGAUGCUGUCGGAGGCAGCAGCCGAGGAGCAGCGCCUGCUGGAGCAGCUGGAGAGCCAGAAGGCGUCCGUGAUGGCGGCCAAGGCGCGCCUGGAAGCGGACUGGAGCGACAAGCGGCAGGCGCACCACAUCGAGGCGGCCAACGUGGCGCUGCGCAACGCCUCGCGGGACCUCUUCUGGCGGCCGGGCGCCGUGCGCGAGCCUAUGGGGCAGACGGACGAGGCGUCGUGGGCGGCGAUGACGCGGGAGAACGUGUCGGCGGCGGCAGCCGAGGUGCGCCGCUCCGAGGAGCUGCGGGGGCGCGUCGACGCGACGCUGGCCGCCGUCAGCCGCGCGCUGCGCUCGCAGGUGCUGGAGCGGACGGCGGCCACGGAGCAGCAGAUCGCAGACGUGAAGCAGGCGCUGCGCAACCACGAGGUGGCGCUGAGGAAGGUGCAGACGCGCCUGCAUGCACGCCUCACCAGGCCCGGCGCCGAGAACUGCCGUGACGCGCCGCAGGCCGCGCUGCUGGAGGAGGCGCGGCAGGUGCAGGAGAACGUGGGGGCGCAGCAGGUGGAGCUGCGCCGGGCGGAGGCUGCGCUGGCGGCGCUGGUGGCUCGCCGGGCCGGCCUCGAGCACGAGAUCGCCUGCAAGCAGCGUGCGCUCGCCCUGGACCGCCGCUGCCGCGGCCUGCGCGCCGACUACCCCUCCAACACCGCCCUGGCCGGCUACUGA